AUGUCAACUGAUGGAGAAUUUACUAGAACCCAAAUAUUUGGGACUGUGUUUGAGAUUACCAAUCGAUAUACUGAGUUAAAUCCCGUUGGAAUGGGGGCAUUUGGACUUGUUUGUUCAGCCAUUGAUAAGUUAACUGGACAAAAUGUAGCAGUUAAAAAAAUCAUGAAGCCAUUUUCCACUAGUGUUUUAGCUAAGAGAACAUAUCGUGAAUUAAAGUUGUUAAAACAUUUAAGACAUGAAAAUUUAAUUACUUUAGACGAUAUUUUUUUAUCUCCAUUAGAGGAUAUUUAUUUUGUUACUGAAUUACAAGGGACUGAUUUACAUCGUUUAUUAACAUCAAGACCAUUAGAAAAACAAUUCAUUCAGUAUUUUACUUAUCAAAUAUUAAGAGGAUUGAAAUACGUCCAUUCAGCAGGAGUUAUUCAUCGUGAUUUAAAACCAUCAAAUAUUUUGAUUAAUGAAAACUGUGAUUUAAAAAUUUGUGAUUUUGGGUUGGCCCGUAUUCAGGAUCCUCAAAUGACCGGUUAUGUUUCAACCCGUUAUUAUCGUGCUCCAGAAAUCAUGUUAACUUGGCAAAAAUACGAUACUGAAGUGGAUCUAUGGUCUGUUGGUUGUAUUCUUUCUGAAAUGAUUGAAGGUAAACCUUUAUUCCCCGGUAAAGAUCAUGUUCAUCAAUUCUCCAUAAUCACUGAAUUAUUAGGUUCUCCUCCUCCGGAUGUUAUUGAUACUAUUUGUUCUGAAAAUACUUUACGUUUUGUUCAAUCUUUACCUCAUAGAGAUCCAAUUCCUUUCAGUGAACGUUUUGCUCAAUGUACCCAUGUUGAACCAGAAGCUAUCGACUUAUUAGCUAAAAUGUUGAUUUUUGAUCCUAAAAAGAGAAUUAGUGCUGCUGAUGCUUUACAACAUCCUUAUAUGGAACCUUAUCAUGAUCCAACUGAUGAACCUGUUUGUGAACAAAAAUUCGAUUGGAGUUUCAAUGACGUCGAUUUGCCAGUAGAUACUUGGAGAGUCAUGAUGUAUAGUGAGAUCUUAGAUUUCCAUCAUUUGGUUGGUGGUAAUGACCUCACUUCAAAUGCUGAUGGUUCAACUAACCCUCAACAACAAGAACAAUUGGCCCAAAUCCAACAGGAAGGUAUUCAAGCUCCAAUAAAUAAACACGAACAACAAAUAUAA